UGAAACCGACGUGCACACACACAUAUACAAACCGGGGUAUUUCACAGCUAAGGUAACGAAGAGCACAUGAUGUAAAUAUUGGAGAGCAGAAAUAUAUAUAAACGGUCGCAACAGCUGUAGGAUAUCAGUCUGAGUUGAAGAACUAAACAAGCAGCUCCAUAAACAAGAUGAAGCUCUGCAUCAUGCUCGUGUUCGGGACCCUGCUCGCCCUCGUUUACGGAAUGCCUCCGAUAAGCAGGGACUACAACACACACUGCAGGUGUGUUCAGGUGGAGUCGAGGAUCAUCCCUCCAGACAGCCUGAGGAGCAUCAAGCUGGUCCCUGAAGGGCCCCACUGCCCCAACAAAGAAGUCAUAGCUGGACUGGCGAGCGGGGAGAAGGUGUGCCUGAACCCUCGGUCCUCCUGGGUGAAGAAGCUGAUCCACUUUGUUCUUGAAAAACAACUCCACCAGCAGGGAGAAACACCUCCCAAGAAUCUUAAGUGAAAAGAUCAAAGUCGCUCCUCUCUGCAGCUAUGAGCCAUGCUGUUUUACUUUUACACAUAUAUUAUUACUAUGUAUGUUGUUCUAAGCGUUAGAAGUGUGUUAUUGUGUGAAGGAAGUAAAUAGAAAGUGUUGCAAGACUGUGUGUGUGUGUAAGAUAUUUAAUUGUGCUUGUAAAGAAAUCAAGUGUGACUGAGAUGCAUGUAGAACUUUUGGUUGUGUGACCCUUUGAAAGCAGACACUGCAUGUAGCAUGAAAUAUGUAAUGUGACGCAAGAAAUGAUCGCUUGCGUGUGAGACAGCAAAUAAAUGUUUAUCAAGCAAAA